UGAUGCAAUUUUAUAUACAGUAUUUGCCAAUUUUUAUCAGAAACAUCAGGGCUAAGUGUUACAGCACAUAACUCUAAUAUCUAGUAACUUGUAUAUCACCAGUCUAACAAGAAUGAAUGACAUCAAUGAGGAUGAAUCAAAUACAGUUCCAUUCAUUGAGUCUCAUCAACAAGAAAUAAGAAGUAAAAAAGACGGAUCAUGGAUAAAUCAAGAAAAUAUAAGUGAAGUGAAACGAUUUGAUGAUUUUAGAACCAUAGAUUGGGUUGAAGAUGAAUUAGAUGAACAUAGAAGAAGAUUAUUGAAGAUUAAAAAUGUAAAUAGCAAAUCAUCUUCGAUCCGAGAGAGAAUAAUUUCAUCAACCCUGAACUGGCUAUUGCUCGCUGUAAUGGGUAUAGUUAUUGGAUUAAUAGCUGGUUCAUUAAAUAUCAUAACAGGUUGGUUAGCCAGUCUAAGAAUGGGAAGGUGCUCAGGUAAUUUCUACCUCAAUAAAGCAUUCUGCUGUUGGGAUCAAGAUGAAGAAACAUGUUCUGCUUGGGUUAAUUGGACAAAUUAUUCGAUCUUUAAUUAUAUAAUUUACGUGAUUAUUUCAUUACUUUUUUCAUUUACUGCUGCCAUAUUGGUGAAAUUCUUUGCCCCAGCUGCAGCUGGGUCAGGAAUAUCUGAAAUCAAAAGUAUUGUGUCUGGAUUUGCAAUGGAAGGCUUUUUAGGUUGGUGGACAUUAUUAAUUAAGAGUGUUUGUCUUCCGUUGGCAAUUGGUUCUGGCUUAAGUGUUGGAAAGGAAGGACCAAGUGUUCAUUAUGCUGUUUGUGUAGGUAAUUCAAUUGCCAAGUUAGUGGCUCAAUAUAGAAGAAGUGCAUCGAGAGCAAGAGAAUUUUUAACUGCUACAUCUGCAGCAGGUGUUGCUGUUGCGUUCGGUUCUCCAAUGGGUGGUGUUUUAUUUUCAAUUGAAGAGAUUUCAUCUGCUUUUCAUUUAUCAACUAUUUGGAAAUCAUAUUUUUGCUCCUUAGUAGCGGUGGCUACCUUGGCGGCGAUGAAUCCAUUCCAUACUGGUCAAUUGGUUAUAUUCGAAGUUACUUAUGAUACAGAUUGGCAUUAUUUUGAAAUUCCAUUCUAUUGUAUUAUUGGUAUCUUUGGUGGUGUCUAUGGUAUUGUUGUAUCCAAAUUAAACAUCAGAGUGGUAGCCUUUAGAAAAAAGUAUUUAUCUAAUUUUGCUAUCCGUGAAGUGUUUUUCCUUGCUUUAUUAACUGCUAGUUUCAGUUAUUUCAAUGAAUUCUUAAGAUUGGAUAUGACAGAAUCAAUGGAAAUCCUUUUCCAUGAAUGUGAUAGUAAAUUCAAUCAUCCAUUGUGUGAUGCAAAUGUACCCAAAGUUCCUAUUAUCGCGUCACUUUUAUUUGCAACGAUUGCUAGAAUGGGAUUAACUAUUAUAACUUAUGGUUGUAAAGUUCCAGCAGGUAUUUUUGUUCCAUCUAUGGCAGCAGGUGCUACUUUUGGUAGAGCUCUUGGAUUAAUAAUAGAUUCGUAUUAUCAACUGCAUUCUGAUUCAUCAUUAUUUAUGACUUGUACUGAAGGUACCAAAUGUAUCAUUCCUGGAACAUACGCGUUCUUGGGAGCAGCUGCUGGAUUGUGUGGUAUCACGGAUUUAACUGUAACUGUUGUUAUUAUCAUGUUUGAAUUAACAGGAGCUUUAAGAUAUAUUGUGCCGACUAUGAUAGUAGUAGCCAUUACAAAGAGUAUAAAUGACAAGUGGGGCAAAGGGGGUAUAGCCGAUCAGAUGAUUAAAUUCAACGGUUUACCAUUAAUAGACGCUAAAGAGGAAUUUUCGUUUGGCACAAAUGUUGAAAGUGCGAUGUGUACAGCAACUGUCGCUUUCCCAAGUGAUUCAAAUUCAUCAAUUACCCUAGCUCAGUUACGUGCAACAUUGGACAAUGCGAAUUAUAGAGGUUAUCCAGUUAUUCAAUCACCAUCGUCUCCAAAAAUUGUUGGAUUCGUAUCAAAAUCAGAUAUUGAAUAUUCUCUUUCAACUUUACCAAACUCAGAUUCGUCAUCCAUUUGCAUAUUUACUAAUGAAAACGGGUCAAUUCCUACGGACAGCAUUGACUUCACUCUGAUCUUGAACAAAUCGCCAUUAACAGUCAAUGUCAACGCAUCUUUAGAGUAUGUGCUCGAAGUCUUUGUGAAGUUAGGUCCAAGAUAUAUUUUAGUUGAAAAUGAGGGUACCUUAGCAGGUAUAAUUACUAGAAAAGAUAUUUUAAGAUAUGAACAUACAAUCCAUUCUAUACAUAAUGAUAAUACUACCAAAGCUUAUGAUGAAGCGUUUAAUGAAAAAGUUUGGCAAAUAAUGAACCAAUUAUCACAUGGUUUUAGAAGAAAUAUCGGGAGGUUACUACAUAAUGAUGAAAAUAGAUAUGUAUAAUUUAUAUAUUCACAACCAA